GCGAGCGAGCGAACGGGCGAGCGUGCGAGGGGAGUGAGUUCGCGGUUUGCGGGUAAGUCGCGAUCGCGAGUUCGGUGCGUGCACACAUCGGCUCGCGUUACAUUUACAUAUAUAUAUGUAUAUAUACAUGCCCGUCUCGGCUGUGAACGGCGCGCCCGCGGCCGCGAUCGGCGACAGGUCAAACGACGGCGUAGCGGACGGCUCGCGACUCUGGCCGAUCGGCUGGCUGAACAUGAUGCGCGCCUGCGACGACACGUCCGAUAUACGAUUGGAGAAGCUCAGAGCGGCGGCGACGGCGGCGAGCGGCGCCGUCGCGACGGUGUCGGGGAACGGGAACGGGGACGCGGACAACAACACGACGACGGCGAAGGUGAAGGAGGCGACGUCGAGGAAGUGCGAGGGACAGCUGUCUAUGCUGUGCGCGGCGAACAGCUGUUCGUCCUGCAAGCCUGCGUGCCGUACGUCAGAAAUGGCGCAGGAGGACCACCACGGCCCGUCCUGGGACAAUCUGCCCACCGUUAUCUUGCAGGAGAUAUUCACGUAUUUGUCGCACGAGACCAGAAUAAGAGCCUCCCAGGUAUGCAGAAAUUGGAGAUACACCUUGUUCCACCCAAACUUUUGGAAAAAAAUCACUUUUGUGUUCAGAGAUGAGGACAGCGUUUUGUGGGCCCGAUCCUUGGCAAAUCGUUUCGCUCUGAGUGUGCACGAAGCUACAAUUCGUUGGGAUAUACCUAGAAACAUCAAUUGCACAGGUGAAACGUACAGGCUCUUGAAGAAAUUAGGUCACAAUAGACAACUGAGAAAAUUGUUCCUGGAAUUCAAUAGUAAUACUUGUGAUUCUCCUUUUGACAACGAGGAUGACAGCAAUUACAAAAGUUCCGUAUCAUUAGUAAAAUGUGUGGUGAACAUUAUUGAGACUUCUAAUUGCCUGGAGACCCUAAGUCUGGGAUGCAGGGAAGAGUUGAUAGUGAAUUUGUCCGCGAUUUUGGAACCACUCCGUCUUCAUCACUCCAAACACUUAACACACCUCAGUCUGGCAUCUAUCAAGGACGAUCCUGACUAUUAUGACUUCUUCGAAUUCGAUAACUCUAUUUUUAAUUCGUUUAUCAGAUUGUCUAUCUUAACUCUGGAUUACGAGUAUGUCAGCGAUUCUUUAUUGGAAGCGUUAGAUAAUGGAUGUAUGCAGAGACUUGUGAUUCAUAUACAUGGCUGGAAAGAGGAUUAUCCGGGAACGACGAAUAUGGCCUGGCAAAUGUUCGUUCAGAAAAACCCGCAGUGUGAAUUAAGGCUCAAUCUUAUACAUUCUUAUGCCGGCGUUAAGGUUUUGGAUACUGAUAUAUUCUGUCCCGCUAUGCCAUUGACACACUUACAAGUUCUGUUCUGUGAAAACAUUAAUAUCAGAGCACUACAUCGAUUAUCAAUGUGGUAUUCACAUACAUUGAAGUCAUUGACAUGGAUAGACUCGAUAGAUCGAAAGCAACGUAUACCGUCUACAUUUGAUCCAAACGAUCCAAAUGGUCCAGACUCCUUGGUGUUGGUGGCAUGGAAGUGUACUAAACUUACGAAGAUGGUGUUCCUGGGGCAUAAGUAUUACCAAGAGAAUCUAUUGGCCAUCGCACGUCUCAGAGGCAGCACUCUUAAAUUAUUGGUUUUUGCAAAAAGUGAUAUCACAUCUGAAGUUGAAUCGUGGCACGAGGCUGAGAACAUCAGACGUGAAAUUCGAGAGAUAAUGGGUCCACAUUGGAUGCCGUUGAGUGACACAGAUCUGCCAAUGGUGAUACUGGAUCCUUUCAAAGGCGAUAGUAGAGAAGUGAUUAUGCCAUUGGUUCUCAGUGAUCAAAAGUAAUUCUGUCGAAGCCAAGGAAAAAAAUCUCUAUCCAGUGUGAUUAUCCAAAAAUCAUCUCCGGGCCAUCAACAUUCUCAGAAGUAAUGUUAUCAAAUUACAUCUUUUAUUCUUCUACAAGAUUUUUUUUAACGAGGGUGAAACACACAUCGAACAGCAAAUACGCACUAUAAGUUCGAAAUCUCGUUGUCAACGGCGUUAUCGUUUUCCGAGUUAGGAAUUCUGGGUGCAAUUGUAUGAGAGAUACAAGAUACAGAGAGAGAGAUAGAGAGAUAAACGCACACAUAAUUUUCUCCUCGUUUACAAUACUUCUAUCGGUUAUAUUAAUAUGAAUGUGAUAAAUUGUAGUCAAACUAGAUCUACUUUCGACUUGUUGAUGAUGUAUAUCUGAAUGCAAAUUACAACACAUUUGCAAACAAUGAGACGAUCUCUACAGCUAAGAGAUCUCUCCAGUGAUUUAUAUGUGCACUAUAGUUUUCUUCUUAUGGAAAACCGUAUGAGUCGCGCUUUGAUGUUGACAAAGUGACGCUAGGAGUGUGAUCACGAACGUACAUUACACGCAUUAAGAGCGAUAUACUUAAUGUAUAUAUCGCCCCUCUCGCCUAUUUAAGUCGAUAUAUCGCCAGAAGAAGCCAGAGUACGUUUUAUAUAACUACAAUUAUUAUUCUGGUCAAAGAGAGCGGCACAUUUAGAACGGCGUAGCUGAGAACAAGAUCGCAUUGUAAGAGGACUGUGUCUUGAAUUCUUGCUAGAGAUGCAUAAUGCAAAGCGCAGCGGAGCUGAAGCACAAGGAUGCCAACGAUUUUGUCCAGCGGAAAAAGAGAAAGUGUGCAGCACGUAGGAGAGAGAGAGAGAGAAAGAGAGUGAGAAAGAGGUUCGGAUCUCGUGAACUUCCACUGGAAAGAAUAACAAAAUUCCAAAACGUAUGUAAGUAGAAAUGCGUUUAACAACAUAUUUUUCCAAUUCUCUGGGAAGUUAGGUGAUAGCGAGCGCCAAGAGCAUGACGUGCGAGAGUAAAUAUCUAGUAAGACUUCGCGAAGAGUUCGUCGAAAUGUGAGCGGCGCGGGAGCAUAAGAGAGUCUCGAGGACAGAGAGAAAGUAGUAAGAGAGCACGAAGUCAAUACAGCGAUCCGAGGUUAUUUUUAAUACCAAGACCAAUCGGACGCUUUUGUACAAAUGUUAACGUAGCGCGCACCGGAACAAGCGCGGUUCGCUCGACGGAAGAGCAUACGGUUGCGAGCGAGAACGAAAACAGACAAAAAAAAAUAUAUAUAUAUCGCUCGGUAUAUAUUUACACGCCUGUCCAUGUAUAACUUUCGACAGGUGUUAAACGUGAGUAGCGAUCGAACGUGUAACGUGCAAAUAUAUGUAUAACUGUCUAUACUCAUCGUGCUCUUAGCGACCGCUGAUGACGAACACACGAAUAUAGGUAUACCUGUAAAAUCGGAGUUAUUAAUCGCUAAUCGUAUAUGUAUGUAUAUGUAUGUAUAACUGUAUUAUCUGUCGAACUUUAAAACACGUCAACAUCCGGACGCAGCGCGCAUCUAUUUCUGUCGUGCGAUUAACAGUGACGAUUCUGAGAGCGUGUUUCAAAGAGAGAGAAAGGAAGCGAGAGUGAGAGAGAGAGAGAGAGAGAGAGAGAAAGAAGAGCGCUAUAUUCGUAACAAAGAUAAAAUACCAAAAUGCAGCCGUAUAUGCCGUAUAUACACACAGUUUACUAUUCCGAGAGGUUAUUUACUUUUUUUCGAGCCCUUGUAUAAUUAUAUUACAUUAUCGUGUAUAUCGUAUAUAGUCACACGUGUAUUAAUAUGGUUUUUUAUAUGUGGUUUCUGUACAUACAUCUCUCCAUACGUUCGGGACACUAUAGAUACACGCGCGAACGACGCGGAAUUGCGUGCGGAAAAAAUACACGAGGAAGGGAGGGGGGAGAGAUUAAGGGAAGCACAAAAGGAGGGAGGAGAAAAUACGAGAGGGGAAGGGGAGGGAAACAAAGCGUUUCUUUUCGACAUACGACCAGCUGUUAUACAAGAUGAACGGGCCUUAAUAUGUACCUGAGUCGCGGAUAAGGGAUAAAUCCACUGAGAAAUCUGUCACGCGACAUCCACCAUAGAGAGAUAACCAGAUUAAAAAAAAAAACACCUUACAACGGUCGCCCGUCCUCGCGAACGUGCGGCGCGCCGUGUGCACACGCGUCCACAUUCGCCAGGACCGCGGACCAGGAGGUAUAUCACGCUCGUGCCCUUUCAUUUCGUAUUCCGCGCGUGUAUAUUUUUACAUCAGAUGUGAGAAUAGGGGAGAAAAGUUUAAAAACGCGAAACGAGAGGAGCCGACCGAGGGGAGUAACUCCGAGAGUCGUAACUUAUUACACGUACGAACGCGGACGUUAUCGACUAACGCUCGUCCGCUGUCCGCCGAUACCACGCGGACGGGGCAAAGACUUUAAACGAAAUAAUUUUUACGUUUCUUCUCGUUUUUCUUUCAAACGAACGGAAAUUCCGCGUGAAGAAGAAAAAGAAGAAAAGAAUUGAAAAACUAUAUUCGGGGGCGCGGUACCCAGCGUGUGAGUGUGAUAAACGAGCGCGAGAGAGAGAGAGAGAGAAAGAGUAAAGUGUGAGAGCAAAAACCAUGCGACAAUUACGCGAGAGCGAGUUUUAAAUAGCGUGCGAAUAGAAACGGAACGAAGAAAAAAAUUAUUCGAGAACGCGGAGCGAGAUGAUAACGCGUUUGAAUGUAAUAACGGAUAUCCGCGAAUCGUAGAAACAAAUCAAGUGAUAUGAUAGUACCAUCUCUGCGAAGUCCUCUGUAAUAAAAGUAAUGUCGUGUGUAGAAAGGCGGCCGUGCAGCCGCUCGACGCGGGCACAACGCAAACUAUGUAACCACGUGUCACUAGCGUGAUAACGACAAAACCACAAGCAUAAGACUGAACCUGCCGGACGGAGGUGUAUACAACAAAAGUCGAGCGGGCUGCAUGCCGGCCGCCGCGCGUUGCCAUAUUCAUAAGAGGCGGCAGGACGGAAAGCACAUCCGGUCGAAAAAAGGAAAAAAAAUAAUAAUAAAUUGUCGCCGUUCCGAGCUGAACGCGCGGUAACCGUCUCUUUCCUCACGGUGUUUUCUCCGCCGCGCUUUAAGACGCGGCUUUCCUUCCACGUUGCUUUCCACCUCGGCCUGGUCUAAACAAAAUCGCAUCGCCGUUGCGAUCGAGCGAAUGCGAAACGUAUUUUAUGAAUAUGCGCGUCGCGAAAGCGAAAUAAAACAAAAAAAAUAAAGGGAUGGUGCACAAGCUAGCGUUUAGAUCGGAAUAAGCCCUGAGAGAGCUCACUCGACGGCGGUUCUCGUAUAGAAGCCGAUAUUGUAAACUUAAACCCUUAAAGCAGCCUGCCAAGAAUCAAAAUACUGUAAAAUAUCAAACGAAACGCUAGCCAGUACAGAAUGCUAAGAUCUAUUUUUUAAGAAGCGAAUGUAUAUUUUUGUACUAAGGCAGGCCUUAGCGUGUGAUCGUGUCUUCUUGUGCAUAAAUGGGAUGAGAUCUGUGAUUGUAACACGUGUUGGCUAUACAAAACACAAAAGAGGGAGAGAGAGAGAAAGAAAUCAUCACGAGAAAUGUAUGUCGAAAGCGUAAUCAUACGCGUAGUAUGCAAAACAACAUAGGGAACACAACACGAGGAUCCCUGAUUGUUGACCGAGUGAGCUGUAGACAUAGGCAGGGCGUUAUAAAAUCGAGAAUAAAACAUCUGUGAUAAAGUAGAAAAUCUUACAAGCGUGUUCGAGGGUGGAUGAAGAUCGGCGAGUGUCGGUAGAGAGUAUAUGUGAAAAAAAUCAGGAGAAAAGGGAGAGAAAGAGAGAGAGAGGACUGUUGAGGACCGAAAAUCCAGGCGCGGGCGUUGGUAAAAUUUCAACGCGCAAGACCAGCGAUUUCUUCGAGAUUUAAAAAAAAGGGGGGGCCUGUGACCUCCGACGCUCCAAGGAAGAAAUUUGUCGUGCGUGUGAUCGAUUAGGAGAUCAAGAAAGAAAUGAGAGAGUGAGAGUAAGAGAGAGAGAGAGAAAGAGAGUGAGACUGUCUUUCGACAAGAUAGCCCGGUCUAACUAGCAGACGACGACGACAACGACCUGACCAGCUCAAUCGCGCGCUUUAAUUUACACGUGGGUUUGCAACGCACGUUUAUUUUUCUUUUUUUUUUUCUUCUCGGCCAGAGCUGGAGCGAUCAGGCGUGCGCGUUCCGCGGUGGAGCCGUGGUAUACACUUACCGGAAGUUUGGUAUACUGCGUAAAGUAUAUUUCCUCGCAUGACCCUCGUCAUUUAGCGGCGCGUGCCAGUACCACGGCUCUCAGGCGGAAAGCACGACGAACGCAAAGAGUUUUCUUGUUGCUCCGUCUACGACAUUCCACGGUGAGAAGCGAGGAUACGCGCGACCGCUCCGCCGAACUUCUUAACGAACAACACGUUGGUCCUCUCGACUCACCCCCAACUGUAGAGAAUCUUUGCAGCGGCUAGCGUUGCUCCUCCGGUUGAAAUCCGCCACUGAUGGCGAAGCGCGCGCAUUUAGGUAAAUUAUAAUAGAAAAAGAGAGAGAGAGAGAGAGACACAAGGGAAAGAAGCGUUAAGUUAUCGUCGACUGAAAGCAAGAUCGCACAAGAUAAUCGGGGUACAGCCGGAGUAUGUAUAUGUAUGUAUAUAGUUUGAUUUUGACACGGACACGCAUUUUUUGUUGAACCCGCGCGGACGAAGCAGUCGCCGUCGGGUCAGUUGGCGGCCACGAGUAGUAUUAUAAGUUCCUAGAAAAAGAAAGAAAUACUUUACAAACGCGGUUUAACGCGAUAGAACGAAGAGAGGGCCGCGGCAUACGAAUACACACGCCCGUGCGCGAACAAGAAGGGGAGCAUUCAGUCCAACGAUUUAGAUUUGUUCACUCGCUCGUUCGUUCGUUCGUUCGUUCGUUGAUUCGUUUGUUUUCGGCACUUUCCAAUACUUUCGGACAUGGCACGGAGUAAUACGUCGUCACAUAAUUUAACGAAGUACGAAGUACAUGUAAUAUCCAUUCCAGUCGACGGGAAUGUAGCGUGAUUUGUAUGUACUGUCGCGAGGAAGAUCGGGGACAGGCAGCGCGAAUCGUCGAGCGAAUCGGAUCCGGGAGAAGCCGCAUAUAGUAAAUUGCGUAGCAUCGAUUUGAUCUUUGUAUCGAGUUGUGCGUGUCUCGUUCUUUUAGAUGAUCGCCCCAAGAGCGAUAGACUAUUCGAUAGACUGUUUAACUUGAGUCUCAAAACGACGAUCUUGUUAAUUCUAUAUAAGAGGCACAAACGAACCUGUAGUAGUAACUAUGCCUGUUUCCGUUAGAUCGUCCUCGAUUAGGUCGGCCGUUCCUAUAUCUGAAUUGAGAAUUCGACUUGCGUUUACCGUCGAAACGCACGGCUCGUUUAUGUACGUUUCCGAUUGUACUUGUACCUGUCGUCGCGACGUCGGCGACCAAUGCGCGUUCCGUCCCGUAAACAGAUGAUCCUUACCCGUCGGGACGGGAACGCCGGUAUCGCCAGACACGCGCAUUCCUCUAUCGAUAUCACACACGUAAGAGUUACACAAACAGCGUUUAGAUGUAAGCAACGAGCUGUGUAAGCGAGAACAGAACCGUUCAUACACCGUUCGCGCAAUCAAGCCUGAAGGUUUCCGUAUAAUCUUUCACAAAGGGCUUUUACGGGGGCCCGCGUAUGUAUAUUUUGUCGCUAUAAUAUUCGUUCAUAGCUCACGAACGGAUCUUACAACGUCCUAGUUCUAUAGCAUGCGCGAGUAAAUGCCACCGAGCAUUGAUGGGUGGUCAUUCGAAUGCACAUCCGUCCCGCGGAUGCACGGGACUUUUAGCUCUCUAUCGCCCGACUCGUGAUCUCUGAGGAUUCGGAGGCGAGCGUGGCGCAGCGUAAGUUCAAGUAAAAUCUGUACAUUUGCAAACGCAACGCCUGGAAACGGGUCGUUGCGACUUGAAGUUAGAAUUAUUAGACAAAGCGGAGGAACGCGAAGGAGGAGUAAUGUAAAUGUAUAAUGUAAAUCAGUACAUGUGAUGUGACACAGGGCCGAUAGAGAGUUAAAUCGAAAAGAAAGCGUAGCGUGUAAUGGUGGAAUGAGCCAGAGAGCAUCGAACGCACUGUACCACGCUCGUCACUGCGAUCUGUAUUGCGUGCGAUCCGCGAGGGAUCGAAGAGUCGCGCGCGGCGAAAGAAGAAUGGUCUCUCGCGUUUUUAUUCGUCUGAGAGGGUAUAUUAAAACCGAGCAAGAGCGAUGUAAAAGAAUUUGUACACGACGACAAUCUUCGUUAGAUGCGCCGUCAUCGAAGUGGAUUCUUGAACACUCGCCUGCGAACUGAUUCGGGGAAACGAUGCUAAAUCGAUUCUUGACGCUAAUGCGAAUUUCCAAGCGUAUAUUCCAGAUUUGAACGCGGUUCUAAAACACGAAGGGGACAUUCGGGCGUCGUGCAGUAUAUGUAUAUGUAUAUUGGCGUUACUAUAAUGCUGUCAGUAUAAAAUUUGGUUUAUCGCUGUGAGAAUUUUUUUUUUUUUUUUUUUUCCAAUAAGAAUUUCGCUUUUAGCACGGGUCAGUUUUAGCUUCUCAGCGCAGGGAAGACAUGAUCUAUCCAAAAGGAUAGAAACCCCUUAGUACCCAGGUAAUGUUACCACAGAAUCUCGCCUCGAGUUCAACCGAUGAAUAAUUACGAAUCUUAUGUAUAAGACAUAUGUCAUUUUUGGACUCCGUCACGUCGAUUGAAUUGUCUUAAACCGGGUGUCGUUCCCGGAUCGUCAAUCUUUAAAAGGCACCGCGUCGAUAUUAAAACGGUUGAAUAAGAACGGGACUCUGCAGUUAGGCGUUAAAACAAGAGCAAUUGAGAAAGCGCGAUCGAAUGCUCUGCGAAUGUUGUUCCCCCCGCCGCCGCGGGUGGAACGAAGUUGAAAUGACGCGAAAUCGUGGCGGACACGGCCAAGCGGACCAAGAUAUACCUGUGUAAUUACUUCUUCGUCGACUCCGUAGCAUUUAGUUUUCAUUAAGUAUUAGCAUCGUCGGCAGUUGAUGUCGAUUGUACACAUUGUGAUGAGGAAUUGCGCGAAAGUCACGCGCUCGCUCUCCGUGACGGUGACGGCGUGCUCGCCGCGAUUUAGCGUCGCUUUCACAUUUUCCUGUUUGCAAAAGCGGCGCUUCGUCGAUGCGUCUCGACCCACGUUACUCGUUACACCCGGCGUCGUUCGAUCGACAACGCCGCAAUGAAAAGAAAAAAAAAAGAGAUCGCGAUCGGUGCUAAUUAAUCGACGUGCUAACCAAACGUAAACGCGUGACGCGUUGCGUCACACGUUUCUCGUACACGUGCAGGUACGCGCGUUGCACGUUGCAGAUAUGUAUAAUGUCGGGAUGUCGAGGAAAGGGGAGGGGGAUGUUAUUAAGCGAGGGACCUUUAAAGAGUCUGGGAGCGUUCUGGCAAUCGGCUUUUCCUUGGCGACAUGGGACGGAGACUCUGUAUUUAAUGUAAUCGAGAAGUUCCAUCGCGAGUCUAAUACUUCCGCGCGUCUUUCGAAGCUCCGCUGAAUCGCCGCCGGAUGAAGUUCUCGAUAACUGAGCUUCGUCGCGCCGAAAGGAAAAGUCGCUUCCAAGCUCCUUCGCGCGGACGGAAAUAAUCGUCUCACUAUCGUUACACUUUCCUUCGGACAGCCUGCGUAAGCGAACCUCAAGACGGUUGUCCUCAUUAUCUCGAGGACAGAUCUUGUUCGGACAUAUAGUUUCGCUGUAUAUAUUUAAGGAGAUGGGUUUGCAGAGAGCGCGCGAUGACGCGCGCAGACGACGAGCGCGGGGACCCGUUUCCUCUUCGUGUGAGGUCGAUGCGAGAUCGGAAAAACGGCAUCGGCAUCGAAUCAGCAUUGGAAGUCUCACUCGUUGUUGCUUUGUGAUGUCGGACCACCAUACGAAUGAACCAACCGCGCUAUAUAUUUUUCUCUGCCAAUGUAAUCGCGUCAUACACUACCGAAAUAAUUGUCUCACUUAGCGAGAUUAACGAAUUGUAAGAUGUAUAUGUAUGUACGUUGUGCGUGUUCGUCUAUUCUAUGCGUAUUAUAUUGUGUGCGUGAGCGCGCCGACGAGAGAGGCUUCGCGAUCGUAGAUUAAUUAUCGCGCGGCUUAAUUCGACGACGAGGAAUAUCGCGGGAGGUCGGUUGAUUUUUUCCGCUGUCCUAUUCGUGCUCAUUAUUAUAUUCGAGAUUGCCGCCGAAUAACAGCGGUGUAAAAAAAAAAAAAAAACACGAAGCUCGUAAUCGUGCAUUAUUUUCUAAGCACUAUCGGUGUUAGAGCCGCUUCCCGAUGCCCUCGACGCGCGUCGAAUCGCAUCUAACUGUGAAACAAUGAAAAUUAAUACGCUGCAAAAAAAUAAUUGAGGGGAUCAUACAGGGUGGUAACAGCUUUAAAGAUUGUGAAUAUCUGCUUAAGAACAAAGUUUAAGUUUUAGGAUUGGAAUUUUGAAAUGCCAAGUAGCCUUCGAGACAUAUUGUUUCUUACACUAUACGUCUUUCCCUUAAAAUCUAGUCUAGUUAAUUAUUUUGUUGAAUAAUAGCUACACAAAAUGGAAAAUAAUUUGUUUUGUAAUAUUUUUUUUUUAUGAAGAUGUAUUUAUUUUUGAAAUAAGCCUUAACAACAUAAAUGUCCCUUUAUGUUGUUUUUGUUAAUAAAAAACAUAUAGACUGGUUACAUAAAUUAAUAAGUAUUUUUUUAAAGUCUCGCAGGAACAUUACAGGUUUCUUCGAUAAUGUAGAUCCACCAGUGACUGAAGAAAAUUCAACGAGAGUAUUUUUCAUAUAUUUAACAUGCUGUUACACUUUUUGAUCAAUUUGUUCCAUGAAGAAAUUAAUUAUCCUAUUUUUCUUUGGUUUUUGAUAAAUAUAUAUUUGUAAACAUAUUUUUUUAGCUCUUUUGAUAAACUGAUUUGUUCGUUUAAAGCAGCGGUGCCUCAAUUAUUUUUGGGCAGUGUAUAAUAUUCUGUCGGUCCAUCGAUUUAAUGAUCGUCGAGACGCUCGUCGUUGCGUUUUAAUUUUUUAUGUGCCGUUAUGCAUUAUUAUUAAAUUAACGAUAUUAGUAAACGUACUCCAAUUAUUCCUUCGACUAGAAUUCGACUUAACGCUCUAACAACACAUACCAAAUUCACACAAAUCUUUAGUCAGAUACGUAAUAUAUAAGAUUUAACCCGAUUCAAUUGCUCGUCCCGUUGUACGCAAUUAAUUACAAUUUCUCUAUUCUUAAAAGCUAGUCUCCUCGAGAUUAUCUUAUAUAUCAGUUCUACAGUUUAUUUGACAGAUUUGUUUUUUGUUGAAUUUGGAACAUCAUAGACAAACUGAGAUAUUAGACUAAUAAAAUUCGCUCAUUUUUGUUUCCCAUAUUAGUUUUUACGCUGACCGAAUAGAAGAAACGCACGAAGGAAUUUUUCAUCAAGCUAAUAAGUUGCGAAUCUGAUUAUGUAUCGUUGUCAGAGCGUUAAGUCAUCGUUAAUGGCACCGAAUACAGGACUACGUUAGUUGUAGGAAGGGAAAAAGGAGUAGACUAAAUUUUCGGACUUUGACUCAGUGAUUCUUACGUUUCUUCUCGUUCCUAGACUACACACGGAACUGCGGCCGAGCUAUUUGCGCGGCGCGUUGUGAUACAUUCUUUGUUUCUUCAUACUUUUUUGUUCUUUUUUUAAAUAUAUAUCAAAUACAUCUUUUCUCCGAACUGCUUGCGAACGUGUCUCUCUUGCAGCUUCGUAUGUCUAUAAAUUUCUCGUAUUCUACUUGUGCAUAUAUAUUUCGGUACACACUCUUGACAUCCGUAACACGAGUUUUUACGCCGCGUUCUAGUGCGAGUUUCGUUCCACACGCGAAAGCUUCCCUGGAAUUAAUUUCGAAGCAUCACGAUAUUUUCUUGUUUACUCGGCGUACUCUUUUCCCCACUCCUGGAAUAAUACAAUUCCGAAAACACGAUCCCGGAAUACAGUCGUGCGGAAAGGUCGAGGCUCGUCAUUACAACCCGCGGAACCUGUGUUACGCACUGUAGAAGUCUGUUAUUGUACCACUUUAAUGCUACAAAUUAUGUAGUACCACCACCGUUUCUCGCGGAUGCGGAUAGUCCCGGGCGAGCAUUUUUACAUAUAUCGGAUUACCGUUCUAACAAAUCAGUAUUCCUUCGACUUCGAAGUAACCGUAGGAUUGUGUACCGAUCUAUCGUUUUUACGUCACUCCUGUAAUAAUAGAAACCAGAUGUUUUUUGGAAAUGUGAAUCAAUUUUUAAAAAUGUAUGAAUCGAUAAAUAAAUAAUGCAUGGCAACUUGAA